AGCAACUAUCCUGUUCAUUCCUUCAUAUUGGACACUAAUUCAGUUCUAGGGUUUGCCUUGUUUGUUGUACACCAUCAACUCUCUGAUUCUUCAACACCACUGAUACGGAAGAAGUUGUGUAGCUACAAUACGGACGACACUGAGAGACAAUGAGCUCCUGAUAUGCCACCAUCUGCUGAUACAGAUGAGCCACUAACAAUACAAUGUGAGUUGCUGAUAUGGAAGGGGAUGCUGAAUGAGGAUGUCAUUGCGGUCCACAAUUUGUUAAUGUCAGCAUUGGCGCAGAUCCAUCACCAGUGGGGCUUGUUGCUACUGAUAUGGAGGGUGCAGGAGGAUACACCAGAUGCUGAACACUGCUGACACUGAAUAUGGACACUGAAUACUACUAAAUACAAAGGGUGGAUACAGACACUGGAUAUGGAUUGUAUAGCUCCUCAAUCUGUUCUUAGUAUUGUUGUUGCUUACUAGUAGAAAAUGGGGAGCAGCACUCAGUACUACUAGAGUUCUUUAGAAUUUGUGAAAAAUAUUGAUGACAUCUUAAAUUAACAGAGGUAGUAACACAUUUGGCUCAGUGCAUUCAGCCAUGCACGAGUACGAGUUUGGGUUCGAAAUAAGACGUGACAGCUUUUUAACGGUAGGCCACCCACCACCACUAGUAGUAGUAGUAGUAGUAGUAGUAGUAGUACUAGUAGUACUAGUAGUACUAGUAGUACUAGUAGUACUAGUAGUACUAGUAGUAGUAGUAGUAGUAGUAGUAGUACUAGUAGUAGUAGUACUAGUACUACUGUUACUUCGGCAUAUCGGUAUCUUGCGACGGCAGAACGAAGGAUUCUUUUUUUUUUUCGUUUCAGCGUUUGGAAACUGGAAGAUAGCAGAAGAGAGGUUGAACAAGAAUUUCGAAGAUGGCAAUUUUAAACCUGUAAUUGACGAACACUCGAUGGAAAAUUAGAGCAUGAAGGCAACAGUCCUGGAGUACGAAGAAGACCCUUUGUCUCCGAGYGACAGUCCCUCGUCUUCGCGGCUGGAACGACUGCAACCUAUACGCGAAUACACGUUACAAAAGACAAUAUCCAACAACAACAACAAUGGUAGUGCGACGGCAUCAAAGCGAACCCUAUCCUGUGUACUAAUUCGACAGAAUCACAGGUACACGUUUCGWUCUUCCAUAAAAGUGUUGAGAAGGCUAUUUUUGCCCCUUGGGUAUCCGCUGUCGGUUUCCGAUACKUAUCUUCCGUAUCAAAUUUACGACGGCUUGCAAGGACUUUGUUCUUACUGGAGAGGAGUCGUAUCGGCAAAGGCAGUCUUUGAAGCCGCUGGAGUCGGAAAUGCAGAAGCUACUGCCUUGUCGGCAGCUCUUAGCUGGGCGUUGMGAGAUGGAACWGGUAUGAUUGGGGGACUCGCCUAUUCUUACAUGGCCGCAUCGUACUUCGAUUCCCAUGCCAAAGAAUUCCGGUUGUUGCUSGCCGAUGUGAUUAAUGAUAUUUCUUUGACAUUGGAUAUGAUUGCACCAUACUUUGGUCCGAAUGGAUCGAUAUGGAUUCUGGGCUUAAGUACAUUAGGGAAAACAAUCUGUGGAAUYACAGCCGGAGCUACUAAGGGACAUAUUACUCAGCACUUUGCAAAAGACGGUGGAAACGUUGCCGACUUGACCGCCAAGGAAUCCACCCAAGAGACACUCGUUAGUCUUAUUGGGAUGUUAGGCGGUGUAUGGGUCGCAAAGCUCUUGGAAAAACACGGCCAAAGCGAUCCCUUCUUUUGGACCUGGCUUUUUUUCGGUAUCUUGACAACAAUCCACGUCUGGGCCAACUACAAGGCUGUCGCACUAUUGAAAUUGACGACACUCAAUCCGGAGCGAACAAAGGUACUUUUUCGCAAUACUAUCGAUGUCAUGGCCACUSARGUGCACGAUGAACAGCAAGCAACCACUGCGUCGCCGGAUUUGUUGAAAGCCAUUCGCAACCUGGAAUCUCCAGAACUGCUUCAGGAGUCUCUGUUUUUGUCGGUAUGGUCUCUAAUAUUCCCAAAAAUAUGUUUGUCGGRCUCUCUAGUUUUGGGCAGACUUCAAGACUGCUCGAUCUUGCAGUUUGAUGCCAAUGAAAUUCCUGAUGGCAACAGCAGUCUUCCAUAUGUGAUUGGCUACGAUUCCAGGGAUAUCGUCUACGUUUGGUUGAAGGUCGGSGCGACGAGAAAGGACGAACUGAAAGCCUAUGUUCAUGCGCUGUUGCUUCAAAAAGUAUUGUCGAGCAGCAUUAAGAAAGGUUCAAAAACAGAAAACGCUGAUGUGUUGCAAAGGUACGUAAUUUUCUUUUGUGACAGACGUGUUUUAAUUUUUGUUGAGGUCUAGUCUAAYAUAGUCUUUUCUUCAUUGCCACAUGCACAGAACAUAUGUCCAGGUCCUUCRUUUGUUUGAAAACUACCCAAUUGAGGAUCCGUUGCUAGGAAAGUGGACUGACGAUAGCUGCUCUCAGAAAUCGUUUUCCUUGAUGGAGAGACUUGAUCUGUUGGGAUGGGAUCUUCGAGGCAGACUUUACCUUGGAUUUUCAUCCCGACGGCUAAAAACUUUCGUCAAAAAUGAGUGAUUGCAAUGAAAUGAACGCUUUAGC